AUGGACCGCUUCAAGCAGAUCGAUGCCAGCAACUCGUCCAUCGGCGCGCUCCUCUUUCACGAUGAAGAGGUCGUCAGCUUGCAAGACAGCAUCGGUCUCUACGACGGCAAGGAGAAGACUCUCCAUCAGAACAAUGGCACCGUCUACUUGACAUCCCAUCGUCUGCUCUAUAUCGAUGACCUAGAGCCACAUCGAUAUUCCUGCAGCUUGGAGCUCUCGCUCGUCAAGCAGAGCGAGUAUUAUGCGGGUUUCCUCAAGAGCAGCCCGAAGAUCACUCUCACACUCGCUCAGCCGGACGGCGACAGCGAACCAUCACGACUGCAGCGACGCCCGAGUCCGCUGGCCUCACAGACAGACUCAACCUCACUAAGCAAGACAUCAAGUCGAGAUUGGAGGAUCAAUGCAUCUGCAGCCGACUCGACACCAGCGGAUGCAGGAGGAUCGAACUGGGUGUGCGCCAUUUGUGGCUUCAGCAAUGGAGCAAAUAGAUCAAUAUGCGAGCUUUGUGGAGUGACAAAGGAGCCAGCUCGUCCCACACCGAAACGCUUGACUUUACCCGAACGUGCACCCGACACAACCAGGCCAGAUCCCUUUUCGAUCCCGAGCAAGGCACCGUCAAUAUCGAAGCCCCCGGAGAACCAAGUCACGCAACCGGCAGCAGACAAGAAGGACGGCCUGGCAUGCGAUAUCUGCACCUUCCUCAACCACCCUUCGAUGGCCAAGUGCGAGAUGUGCGGCUCCAACCUUGGCCGUAGCUGGCAGCAAGAAGAGGCUUCCACAACAGCAUCCACCACCUCGUCGCAAACAGCUCCUGGCACACCAUUACGCAAAAGCGUCGAUGUGGACGCACUUUCCCUUCGAGCCAGUACCGCCCCUAGCCGAUCCUCCACCCCAGCCUCGAUAUCGCUGCCGCCACCCACCGACUCGGUCAAACUCAGCUUCCGCAAAGGCGGCGACAAAGCCUUCUACAACCUGCUCAAAUCCACGCUCAAGUCCAGAUCCUGGGCCAGCAACACAAAAAGCAACGGUGCAUCGAGCAGCGACAGCCGGGCAGUGCGCGUCGCCGCAGGCAUGGUGGACCUGGACGGUCGAUCGGCCGCGCUCAAACGUGUCGGUAUCGACGGAAUCUUGUCUUCGGUCGAUUCCACCAGUCGCGCGCAGAACGACGACAUGCACGGCGCGCUCAAGGACCUCGAAGCGCUCAUGCGCAAGGCUAAGCAGAUGGUCGAAUUUGCCGAAGCGCUCAAUGCGAAGUUGACAAAGCAGGAGCAGGCGGCGGCGGCGGCGAGGGAGGCUGGUCUGCCGGACGCCGCGCCACUACCGGACCAGGAAGCUGCGACGUUGAUUCGGUCUUCGCUGGUCCAGCUCGGUCUUCCAGCUCCGGCUAUCACGGAGGAUAUGGCUCGCGAUCAGGACGAGUAUCAUCGUGAGCUGGCGCGCGAGCUGGCUGGAUUGCUGCUUGGUACCGGAGGUCGAGCGGCCGGCUUGAUGGGUGCAGGCAAGAUCGCAGCCAAGGGCAAAAGCAGCGACACAUUACCUCGCAUCUCAGAUGACGAGCUCAAAGGUCGCGGCUUGGUCGGACUCGACGAGGUCUGGUGCGUCUGGAACCGAGCACGCGGUGUAGCGCUCGUCCCGCCACAAGCUUUACGCUCCGCAGCAGCCUUCUUGCCAGACAUCACAUCCCCCUCGGUGCGCAUCAAGACCUUCCGUUCGGGCCUCUCGGUGCUCCACACGCCCAGGUACAGCGACGAUGCCUUCGCCUCGCGCAUCCUCCACUUCUUGGACACGCUUGAGUGGGAACACAAGAUGAAGCGUAUUGAACAGGCGCAGUCGUUGAGAAUUUCGGAUGGAAGAGGGAAUACAGGGGUUGCGGAACCGUCAGCGAAGCCGGAAGAGGCGAGCUAUGGAGACAAUUUGUCGCCCUGGGGUGCGGGCGCGUCGAUUCUUGAGAUUGCCGAGAAGGAGGACGUGCCGAUUUUGCUGAUCAACGAGAUGAUGGAUAUGAUCGAAAGCAAAACCGGGAUGGUGGUGCGGGACGAGGGCGGACCGAAUGGCACGAGAUGGUUCGUCAACCACUUCUCGAGAGUGUAG